GAAAAGACUGAGCCAAGGUUGUCCAAGUAAAAUAGCAAGAUCCAAGCAAAAAGAAACUAAUGGAAAGGAAGGAGAUAAUAUCUUCUACUUAAUCCUGGAUACUAUAUCCAAAGUCAGAGCAUCCAUUCCAAAGCAGAAAAUUUCUGAAAACCAAAUAAUGCCAUCAUAUGAUGUUAGAAUAUUUUUCAAAUGAUGGUUCCUAAUCGUGCACAUUAGAAGAACUGGAAUUUGAAGACCAGUUUGAGAAACACCAGUAUCACCAGAUUACAAGAAAAAGCAAUUCAAAAGGAAGAUCAUGAAUAUAACAAGGGAAACAUUUAAUCAAAGACCAAAGCUUUUUAAACAACUGAGAGUUUUUAUUAAAAAAAGACCUCAGACAGUAGUCUCCACUUAUUCAUGGGGUGUACACUCUGAGGCUACUCAGAGGAUACCUGAAAUCACUGAUGUACCAAACCCUUACCAGGUUGUUAGUACGAGCUAUUGUGACCAGUGGGUGGGUGGUAUAUAUAGAGUGGAUACACUGGACAAAGAGAUGAUUCACAUCCCAGGCAGGAUAGAGCAGAUCACACAAGAUUUCAUCACAGUACUCAGAAAAUCACACCAUUUAAAAGUUAGAAAUUAUUUCUAGAAUUUUCCAUAUAAUAAUUUUUGACCACAGUUGCCCAUGGAUAACUGAAAUCAUGGAAAGUGGAACUGUGGAUAUGGCAGGACUACUGUAACCAUGACAUCAGUGGUAGGAAUUUGAAGCAUAAUUCUGCUGUAGUUGAUUUUUUCAAAAGGCAACUCACAAUUGAAAAAUAAUUUAUCAGAUAUAAGAAAGAUUGCAUUAGUAUCUCAAACUUUACUUAUUCUGGAAAUAAAUGUAAAGCCAACAUCUUUACAUACCCACAAAAAUUUAAAAAUAAAUAAAUGUAAAGACCUAGUCCAGUACUGAUGGAAUCUGAGAAAAUUUGUAUGAGAGUGAAACCAUACCUCUAUACUGAAUGUGGGAAAGGCUACACUUGUAUUGCAUCCCUGAUCCAGCAUCAGAAAACACAUGUUGGAGAGAAAUCUUAUGAAUAUAAAAUAGGUGAUAAAUCCUUCACCCAGAACACUAAUCUUAUCCAAUAUCAAAGAAUACAUACUGGAGAGAAACCUUAUGAAAGCAAUGAAUGUGGGAAAGCUUUUAGUCAGAUCACUAAUCUUAUUCAGCAUCAAAGAGUCCAUACUGGGGAGAAACCUUAUGAGUGUAAUGAAUGUGAAAAAGCCUUUAGUCAUAGGUCAUUCCUUAGAAAUCAUGAGAGAAUCCAUACUGGAGAAAAACCCUAUCCUUGUAAUGAAGGUGGGAAGGCCUUCAGUCAUAUCUCUGCCCUUACUCAACAUCAUAGAAUUCAUACUGGGAAGAAACCACAUGAAUGUAUUGAAUGUGGAAAAACCUUCAGCCACAGCAUCCACCUAAUUGAACAUCAGGGAAUUCAUUCUGGGGAAAAAUUCUACCAGUGUAAAGAAUGUUGGAAAGUUUUUUGUCACAGUACAUCACUAAUCCCACAUCAGAGAACCCACACAGGAGAGAAACCAUAUCAAUGCAAUGAAUGUGGGAAAGCAUUGACUACCCCAGCCUUCAUUCAACAUCAAAGAAUUCAUACUGGAGAAAAACCCUAUGAGUGUAAUGCAUGUGGAAAGCCCUUCAAUCAGAGUGCACACCUGGCUGAACACCAGAGAACUCAUAACGGAGAGAAGCCUUAUGGUUGUAAAGAAUAUGGAAAAACCCUCAGUCAAAGUACACUCCUUAAUGAGCAUCUAAAUAUUCAUUCUGGUAUGAAACCCUAUCAAUGUAAUAAAUGUCAGAAACUGUUUUGCUAUAGAACCUCACUAAUUCGACAUCAGAGGAUGCAUACAGGAGAGAACCCCUACCAGUGUAAUGAAUGUGGGAAAUCCUUCAGCUUAACCUCAGCUCUUACUAAACAUAAGCAAAUACAUACAAGAAACUCUAGGAUUGUUAUGUGA